AUGAUUUUUCAAAAUAUUAUUGAAACCAUUAACCUUUCAAAUUGUCUCGAAGUUAUUACCUUAAUCUUAGCUACCUAUAUCUUUAACUUUUAUUACAAUUAUUUUACUCGUACCAAUCGGCUCCCCGGUCCAUUUCCUUUACCAUUUAUUGGAAACUAUCAUAAUUAUGCCUAUGAUAGUAAACGAUUCUAUGAGCAAUGUCAACAGAAAUAUGGAGAUAUCAGUGAAAUAAUGCUCGAUCGUAGAUAUAUCAUUCUUUCAAAGCCACAAUAUAUUAAAGACCUUUUUGGCUCAUCAGCCUUUUUUCCGAGAAUACCAUAUUCGCAAGGUACGGUAGAAAUUGGAAUGUACGGACAUGGGAUCGUCUUCAAUGAAGAUCAAAAGAGUUGGUCCUAUAAUAAACGGUUCUUUACUGAAUCAUUAUCAAUUAAAUUUAUGGAUGCGUCUAUAGAAUCCACAAAUCAAUUAUUUAAAGAGCUAAGCGAAUAUUGGCAGUCGCUUGGAAGCCAAAAUACUUCAAAGAAGAAGAAUAAUAAUUGGGUAUUGGAGACAGAUUUUUCAGCAUGGCUUCAUGGAUUCACGAAUGAUCUUAUUUCAACAAUAAUCACCGGAAAACGCACGUAUUCAAUUGCAUCUUAUUAUAACACGCAAAGCGAUAGGAGGUCUGAACAUCCUGAUGCGUUAAUCGAAAAUGGGGACAAAUUUGUAAAAGCAAUUCUAAAGUUCGUUGAAAGUUUUGUGUUCGUCAUGUUCGUUAACCCUUUUAUGAGACAUUACGUUCCAAUAAUCAGAGACAUAUCAAAUUAUUAUUUAAAAAAACGUAAAUAUUUAUUUGAUGAAUUGGAUAGUAUAAUUACGAAGAGAAGAAAAGAGAUUGAAGAAAUGGCAAUGGAUACAGAAAAAAAAACAGAUAUGUUAACUUCCUUAAUCAUUGCUAAAAUGGAGGAUAAAGAUAUCAGAGGUAAUUUGUUGGAUGCUUUUUUGGGUGGAACAGAUACUACAGCAAAUUCAUUCUGUUUUAUAACCUAUUAUAUUUGUAAGCACCCAGAAGUAAAACAAAAAAUGCUUUCAGAAAUCGACUUUGUAUUAUCUGAUAGAUUUUAUGUAUCAAGUAGCGAUCUCAACAAACUAAAAUAUUGUGAAGCCAUAAUUAAGGAAACUGGUCGUGUAUUGACGACUGCAGGUUUUACAUUUCGUUACGUUCCUAAUGAGUGUGAAGUCGCAGGAUACAAAUGGCCUGCUGGCACAUAUUUUCUUUUGAAUUUUUAUGGGGUACAUAGUCACCCCAAAUCUUGGAUUGAUCCAAAAGUUUUCAAUCCGGAUAGAUUUUAUAAUGAUAGUCCUCCCGAUUUAAUGAUUUUUGGUUUAGGCAGACGUGCUUGCCCUGGAAAAAAUCUGGCUAUGAAUGAGUUACUUUCAUUAAUGGCAUUAGUAUAUAAACAUUAUAACGUUGAUUUAGUUAAUAUAAAUGAACCAUUAAAACUUUUUAUUAGUGGAAUUACGAAUUGUAAGGAAUUAAAG